AUGACCACCCCUCUCCGCGCCCUCCGCCUCGCACCCCGGGCCCUGUCCCGCGGCCCCCUGCCCCGGGCCUCACUUACACCACCACCCCAAAAACGCCUCCUGAACACCGACACCGCGCCGGUGCUCUACAGCGCGCGCGCCAAGGUCGUCGGCGCCCGCACCGGCCACGUCGAGGGCGACGACCUCCACGUGGACCUGACCAUGGCCAAGGCACUCGGGGGCGCCGGCGACAAGGGCAAGACGAACCCGGAGGAGCUCUUCGCGGCGGGCUACGGCGCGUGCUUCCAGAGCGCCAUGAACGCGUCCGCGGCGAGCAUGAAGAUCCAGAUGCCCAAGGCGCCCGAGGACUCCGUCGUCGACACGACGGUUCACCUCGUCGGCGACAUGAAGAAGCUCGACAUGGGUAUCCGCGUUGACAUGAAGGUGCGCGUGAAGGGGCUGAGUAACGACGAGGUUCAGAAGGUUGUGGACAAGGCGAAGGAGGUUUGUCCUUAUAGUCGGGCUACCCAGGGCAAUGUUACGACGAGUAUUGAGGUUGUGAAGUUUGACGAGGCUGGUGGAUCGGGAGGUUCUGGUGGCUCUGGCAAGUCUGGCAGCUCUGGUGGUUCUGAGAAGAUGGAUGGUGUUCGGCCGAAGGGUCACAGUGACUAUCAAUGA